GAUCACCGGCGUCAUUCUUAAACCUCUUUACAUCCAUCAUUCCCCCAAUAAAUAUCUGCUCCGUGACGGCGACCUCCCUCCUCCCUCCUCCUCCUCCUUCUCCUCAUCAUCAUCAUCAUCGUCUUUCUGCGGGUAAUCGCGUCACUCCGUUGCAAACGAUGAAUGUAGAUAAGCUCAUGAAGAUGGCUGGUGCUGUUCGCACCGGUGGAAAGGGCAGCAUGCGCAGGAAGAAGAAGGCAGUUCACAAAACUACAACAACAGAUGACAAGAGGCUUCAAAGCACAUUGAAAAGAAUAGGCGUCAAUGUCAUACCUGCCAUAGAAGAAGUCAACAUUUUCAAGGAUGAUCUUGUUAUUCAGUUUGUUAAUCCUAAGGUGCAAGCUUCUAUUGCAGCCAAUACAUGGGUUGUUAGCGGGUCUCCUCAGACAAAGAAAUUUGAAGAUAUGCUACCUGGCAUCAUUAACCAACUAGGGCCUGAUAAUUUGGAGAACUUGAAGAGACUUGCGGAACACUUACAGAAACAGUCACCCAGCACAGCUACUGCUGCUAAACAGGACAAUGAUGAUGAUGAUGUCCCUGUCCUGGUCCCUGGAGAAACAUUUGAAGCAGCUGCAGAUGAAAGCCAAGCUUCAUAGAGAAAUAUGCUUUUCAGAUAACUUCUCAGACUUUUCAUGUCGUCAUUUGCAGUUUUGGUUUCUCAAGACGGGAAGCAGAUGAAUUCAUUUAUGUUAUAUGAAGCAGUAGAGAAGCAAAUAUUUUGUUCUGUCUCUCAAUAGAAUGUCUCAGAUUACUGAUUAGUUUCGAAAUCAAGCUUCAUAGAGAAAUAUACUUUUCAGAAAACUUCUCAGACUUUUCAUGUAGUCGUUUCCAGUUUUGGCAUCUCAAGAUGGGAAGCAGAUGAAUUCAUUUAUGUUAUAUGAAGCAGUAGAGAAGCAAAUAUUUUGCUCUUUCUCUUAAUAGAAUGUCUCAGAUUACUGCUUAGUUUCAAAAUUGUGUUAUAUCCACCUGAUCUAGUUCAUGAAUUAUUUACAGGCAUACUCUUCUGCCUGUCCUACAAGUUAAUAGGACUGUCGCGAGAAUUGGCUUAUUGUCGAGCAAGUUCUUGAAACAAUUGAUGGUUUUAACAAAAUUUAGUAACUCACAAGAAAAUCCACCUGCUUCCAUAGCCAGAUGGAUUUUCUUGUUAGUUACUGAAUUUUGGGUUUCAUGGAUUCUGAUGUGAGUAGUUCUAAUCGGCAUGAAAAGCUGAGUUUACUGAAACACCUGAUCAGUUAGUAGCCAAAAAGUUUAAUUUAAUUUUAUUUUUUGUGAAAGACAAAUCUUAGUUUAUACUUGUUUAUGCAGUUCCACUAUCUUAGUGCUAGUGCAUAUGUUCUUGAAAUUUACUUACCUUCCAAUUGAUGUCUGAUACACAUCUAGACAAGUCAAUCCUAUCAUAGGUAUCAGACGUGCUACCACAAUGAAGAUGAAGAUGAAGAUGAAGAUGAAGAUGAAGAUGGAAUUGCCAUGUCAAAGUGUAGCAAGUGAGCUGCCUGUGUUGUCUUGCAACUGCAGAAGCUUGUGGCAGUACCACAGGUGCUACCCAAAUCCUUACUCAAACUUCGUUCAUGAAGCUAGUGAUAGAACAUCAUUGCUGGCUUGGUUGUUUUGCUGAGCAUGUGACCUAAUUUUGGCAUGUGACAUCAGUCGUGGAGCUACAUGCAUAUCUUAGGCCUUCUCAUUUUGAGAUUAUUCCUUCCCUAGUAGUUUACAACUUCUAAUGAGAAUUGAAUUUAUGGUGUUGACUUGCAACAGCAUUUGUGAACUUGUAAGGCACUUAUUGCACCCUAACAUCAAAAGCCUUGCAUAUGCUGCAUCUGGUAGCUGAUACAGACUUCCUCCCUCCUUUUGGGCCA